AUGAAUUCUACACACUUCAAAUUUGCUAUUAUAAAAAGUGGAGAAUUUUUUAUAAAAAAAUAUUUUAUAGAGGAUUUUUAUCAAAAUGGAUUAUAUUUAAACCUGUUUCAGAAAUUUGGUGUAAAUCAAGUAUUGAAAGUAAAAAAUUUUAAAAAUCUAUUCUUGAGAAUUUUAAACUCUGAAGACUAUUCAAACUUAGAAUUAAGUGAGGAGAACUUUAUUAAGGAAAUCAAUAAUAUUCUGAAUGAUCCUAAUAGAAAUAUAUUUAAAAAAAAAGAAAUUCUUUCUUUUUGUAAUAAACGCAUUAGAGAUGAUGAUUUAAAAAAUAUUCCAGUUUAUAAAGACAUUUUAAAACUAGAAUUAAAAUGUAAUGGGAUUAGGAAUGUCUCUAGAAUUGCCUCAAAUUUCCCUAAUUUAAAAUACUUAGAUAUAUCUUAUAAUUUAAUUGGUAAUAUUAAUGAAAUUUGGCAAUUAAUUGAAUCAAUCCCAAGCCUAAAUUACAUUUUAAUUAAAGGUAAUCCAAUAGAUCUUAUAAUACACAAAAACAAUAAUCUGAUAAACUUUUUAGGUGUUGAAUAUUUUAAUAAUGAUUCACUUGGGAAUAAGAUUAAUAAUAACGAAAUUAUCUCUAUGAAGAAUAAGGAUAACAAUAAUGAAACAAAUGUACACCUUAAUAAUCCUGAAAAAACAACUAGUGCUACUAAUUUAAGGAAAAUAUGCAAUGGGAGUCAUCUGUCAGAACCUUCAAAGCUUGUAGAAAUUUCUGAAAAUAUUUUUUCUCAGGAAGUAGACCAAAAAAAUUAUAUUUACAAGGAUGAAUUAGAUUCAAUAGAAUCAGUAAAUAAUAUACUCCAAGAGUUGCAGCCAGAUACUCUAAUGUCAUGUAUAUUUGAUAGUUUUACCACAUUUCUACAAAAUAUAGACUCUCUAACAAUUUCAGAAGAUACUGAAACUAUUAAUAACUUAUUAAGUUCAAUUUCUAAGUUUUGUGAAACUAGAUAUAAUGGAAACAAUACUCAACAAGUCUCAAUUUUAACUGAUUGUAUGAAUAAUAUGUUAAACUUAUUUAUUGAGUUAUUGCAAGAAAGGGAAAUUAUAGUACAACUGAGAGAAAAGGAGAAACAUUUAGUUAAUGUGAAUAAAAAACUAGAAAAUAACAUUAAAAUUCUUGAGGAUACAGUCAAAAUUAAAGAUGAUCAGAUAAAAAAUUUAGGCAAAUAUAUUGAAGUACUUUCGACUAGUGAAACAAGUAUAAAACCAAUAACAUCUUAUGGUAUGGUACUUAAAGAAAAGUUAAACUCAGAUUUAAAAUGA